AUGGAGGAUACCCACUUGAUCAAUUUCGGAGCUUCUACGCAAAGUGGAGCACAUAUUAGCCUUUCACACAUGAUUACAAGAUUUCAUGAAAUUUUUAUUAAUCCUGAUUCCGAAACCGAGGCCAGGUUGCGCAUAUCAGCUUUGGAGCGGGCUAGAGUGGAAGCAAACCUUAACUAUGCGCAAAAUCUGCUAGCUCGACUUGAGCAAGAGGCCACCAUGGCCAAGGAUCAGAGGUGGAAGCAUGACGAAAUAUCAACUCUUUCACAGAAAAGACUGACAUUACAAACUUUCCAGAAGCGACUUGAAGAGCUUAAAAAUCUGGGAAUUGAGGAUGAAUCAGAAAAUCAGGAAGAUCUUUUCGGGGAACUAUUGAAAGAGGAAAGUCAGUCUGAAGAGACUAGCAAUAGUAUCCAAACCUCUGAACCAAAGGGGGACUUUAAUCAAUCGCUGGAAGAAGACGAUUCGCCGGUCGAUACCUUGCUAACCACCUCACUGACAAGAAAUAAAACGUCUUCCGUAUCAAAAGAUUCAACUGAAAAUACCCUUCGCGCGCGAUUCAAAUCUAAAAAAAAUGAACUUACUAAUACUUCAAUCUUAACUACUGGUACAAUCACAUCGACAAAUAGAGAAACACUGCUCUCUCAUAACCGUACUGAGCAAGAAGACCUAGCAAACUCAUUACUAGAAAUGGCCCAAUCACUAAAGACCUCUUCUUUGGCUUUCGGUGUCGCACUUGGAGAGGAGAAAGAAGUAUUGAUGAAGGCUACGCAAGGAUUAGAUAAGAACGAGCAAGAGCUCGAGAUAGCCCAAAAACGAAUGGGUCUUCUUCGAAGGGUUUCUGAAGGUAAGGGGCGUUUUGGUAGGUUAUUGAUGUAUUUAUGGGUGGCCGGAUUGGCUGUAACGGCCGUAGCAGUUGUUUUCCUGAUGCCGAAACUUAGGUUUUAG